AUGGGAGGUGCUGAAGGCACAAAACUGGAUUUGGAUUUUAUGGAAAUGGAAAGGAAAACAGACGUAACAUGCGAACUAGUGGAAGAGUUACAAACUAAGACCAAGGAGUUCCUACAACCAAACCCAACAGCCCGAGCCAAGAUGGCGGCUGUAAAGGGUAUCAGCAAACUGAGUGGGCAGGCCAAGAGUAACACCUACCCACAACCUGAAGGUGUGCUUGGUGACUGUAUGCUCAUGUAUGGAAAGAAACUCGGAGAGGACACCGUCUUUUCACAAUGUAUGAUCGAGAUGGGCGAGGCUCUCAAACAAAUGGCUGACGUGAAGUACUCCCUGGAUGACAACAUUAAGCAGGGCUUUCUUGAACCCCUACACCAUCUGCAGACCAAAGAUCUCAAGGAAGUCAUGCAUCACCGUAAGAAACUUCAAGGGCGAAGGCUAGAUUUUGACUGUAAGAGACGAAGACAGGCUAAAGGUGUCCGGAUAGGUCCUUACGCAAGUCCGAGUCACGGGAGAAGUGGUUCUCACAUUCCAGACGACGAGAUCCGUCAGGCUGAAGACAAGUUUGCAGAGUCUCUAAGCCUCGCACAAAUUGGCAUGUUUAACCUUCUCGACAAUGAUGUGGAGCAAGUGGCUCAGCUAUCGUUCUUCGCAGAAGGUCUUCUUGAAUACCACCAACAAUGCACGGAGAUUCUCAAAGGACUUGUAUCUACGCUUAUGGAGAAAAAAGAAGAGGCGAUAAGCCGACCCAAGUUGGAGUUCGUGCCGAAGACCCUCGCCGACCUUAACAUUGAGGGCAUCAACGAGCUGAACCACGGUAAACGCUACGGCUCGGUCCACAGUCUUACCCGCUCCAAUAAAGCCUCCUCCUUAGCCGACCUUUCCUCCCUCGACAGAGCAUGGGACUCCCAGAUCCCCAAACCUAUAGGGUUCAAGCCCCAUCCGGCUCCCAGAAUUGUGAACGGAAGAGAUCCCUGGACAGGCGGCUCUCGAGCAAGCUCGCCGGAGCACAAGCCGCCAUCGAACCUGGAACUCUUCCCGGGUGGCAACGCGCAACGCUCCAACAAUGCGUCACCAUUGCCAUCUCCCGUGAAAUCGCCUGCGCGGACGCCGAGCGUGCAACAAAAGGCAUGCUGUACUGCCCUCUAUGACUUUGAUCCCGAAAACCAAGGAGAACUUGGUUUCAAGGAAAAUGACAUUAUCACCCUGAUCAAUAAAGUUGAUGACAACUGGUUCGAAGGCAGCAUCAAUGGGAAAACUGGUUACUUCCCCAUCAGCUACGUUCAAGUCACUGUUCCCCUACCUAACAUGUAA